AAUAACUAGCAACAACGAUAAUCAACAUGUUGCUUGAAAUUGUUUCGAGAGAAACCAUUAAACCCUCCUCUCCAACCCCUCCCCAUCUCAAAAUCCAUGCUCUCUCCCUCUUUGAUCAGCUCGCUCCCCACAUGUUCGUGCCUCUUGUUUUCUUCUUUCGCCACGAUAACGACUGCAGUCGUAGUAGUAUUGUCGUCAUAUCGGAAUCUCUUAAGCUAUCUCUUUCCAAGACUUUGUCUCGGUACUACCCUUUUGCGGGACGGAUGAAAGAUAAAGAGCGGGUGGAGUGUAACGACGAGGGGGUAACUUUUUUGGAAGCGAGGGUGAGAUCGGGGCGGCUAUCGGAAGUAGUGGAGAAGCGUAGAAGUGAGAUUGUGGAGGUGAUGUUUGGCGAUGGGUUGCAAUGGAAAGAGUCAAAAUCGGGUGCUUUGUUGAUGGUUCAGAUUACGUUAUUUGAGUGUGGGGGAUUUGCCGUUGGAGUGCUUCUGUCCCAUAAGCUGGCGGAUAUGGCCACCAUGGUCAACUUCAUCCAAGACUGGGCUUUGAUUUCUCGCGAUGCCGCUUUGGGAGAACAACUUGUGAAUCCACUGUUCGUCGCCGCCGAUUUGUUUCCUCUUGGCGAUUUGCCGGCCAUGUCCGGCGCCGUUAUUGAAGACGGAAAAGGCUUCCUAUGUCAUAGAAUUGUGUUCGAAGGUUCAAAGAUCGAAGCGCUCAAAAACUCAGUUUCCGACAAAGUGGAGAAUCCAAGCCGCGUGGAAGUUGUGUCCGCAUUGAUUUACAAAACCCUGAUUUCAGCAUCCCCUUCCCCUUCCAAUUCAUUAAUGCUGCAGACGCUAAAUUUACGCACACGAGUGGCGCCGCCGCUGCCGGAAAAUGUAGUCGGAAGUUUGGUGUCGUUCUUCCCGGUGGCGGCCGGCGGGGAGAAAGAGGUGGAAUUACACGAGCUGGUGGGGAAAAUGAGGGACGAAAUGGCAGAUUUCUGCAACAAAUACGCCAAAAAGUACAGAACAGAGGAGUGGGGCGAGGCGAUAAAGAAGCGAUUGAAGGAAUCGGGAGAAAUUCUGACCAAAAAUGGUGGAAACCAAGAGGUGUACAGAUUCAGCAGUGGGUGCAGAUUUCCGAUUUAUGAAGUGGAUUUUGGGUGGGGAGCGGCGGCGUGGGUCACCAUGGCGGCGUUCCGGCUGAAGAAUACGGUGAUGAUGUUGGACGCCAAAAGCGGCGGCGGAAUUGAGGCCUUGGUGGGAUUGGGGCACAACCAAAUGGCUGCGUUUCUGCAAAAUCAAGAGCUUUUAUCCUUUGCUUUCUUUGAAUCCAACUGCCAGUAACUAAAUAAGUAAUUUUCUAUCUGGGUUUUGAUUUCAGCCCAUCACUUCCGAAUUUUUAGUCGAAAAUAUAUAUUUUAAUGAAUUUUAUACAUAUAUAUGUUCAAAUUGGUUAUAUUUUUUACUAUCGUAUCAACAUUUGCAUUGAUAAAAGGUGUUUUCUUGUAAUCAUCGUUGAUUGGUUUGAAAUAAAGAUUAAGAAGUUUCAUGAGUUAGUAUGUAUGA